CUCAAAUGCAUGUAUGAGCUUAGCGUGUGGAUCUCAUAAUUGCAGCCUGAACGUCUAAAUCACCACGUGCCUUAUAAGAGCAAAGGAAAAGUUAUCAUUGAUGCUACCGUGGUUUUUUCCACAGCAGAAGCUCAUUGCAGCCAGCAGUGUAUCUGCGCUCAGCCGGAAGCGAGGUCGAGCGGACAUGUCUUCGAAGCUUGAAGAGGCCAUGGAGAGUCUGAUCUCCGUCUUCCACACGUACUCGUCACGCGAAGGGGACAAGCACAAGCUGAGCAAGAGGGAGCUGAGGGACCUUCUGCAGAACGAGCUCGGAGAGUUCCUGGAGACCCAGAAGGACGCCACGUCCGUAGACAAGAUACUGAGGGAGCUGGAUGAGAACGGAGAUGGCGAGGUGGACUUUCAGGAGUUUGUCAUCCUGGUGGCUUCGCUCACCGUGGCCUGUAACACGUUCUUCUGCGAGAGCACCUGAUCCGCCGGAAGAAUCAUGUGACCCCAUCUCUAAAUAAAUAAUCAGAAAGACGGGAA